AUGAAGUAUAUGACUUCCCUUCGUCACCUUUACACUCAUGGUUGUUCACGGCUUAAGUGCAUGCCCAAAGACCUCAGGAAACUCACAUCUCUUCAGACACUUACAUGCUUUAUAGCAGGUAGUGAGCCUAAUUGUAGUAAUGUUGGAGAGCUUGGAAAUUUAAACCUUGGUGGUCAACUAAAGCUACGUAAUCUGGCAAACGUGACAGAAGUGGAUGCAAAAGCAGCAAACCUUGUGAACAAGGAGCUAAGAGAAUUGAGAUUAACAUGGACCUUUAGAUGGAAUUAUUUUCAAGGUAUUACUAGCUGGCGGGAUAAUGAAGAGGAUGCAAAAGUGCUCGAGAAUCUCGAACCUCAUGAUGGACUACAUGCCAUAGGGAUACAGUCAUAUGGAGCCACCACCUUCCCAACAUGGAUGACUAUGUUGCAAAACAUUGUUGAGAUCCAUCUUUUUAGCUGUAGAAAACUAGUAUGGUUGUUAAGCGGUGAGUGUGAUACAUCGUUUGCAUUUCCAAAUCUGAAGGAGCUUAUGAUAAAAGGUCUUGUUUGUUUGGAGAGAUGGUGGGAAAAAGAUAAUGAUGGGAUGCAAGGAGAGUUGGUGAUGUUUCCUCUACUUGAGAAGCUGCAUAUUAGCGACUGUGUAAAGUUGAAAGCAUUGCCAGGACAUCCGACCUUCCCUAAACUCCAGAAUGUUCAUAUUAUGAAUUGUCCAGAGUUGACAACUAUAGCUAAAUCACCAAAGCUCGGUGUAUUGAAGAUGGAAGGACGCGAGGUAGAGUUGUUAUUGUGGGUAGCGAGACAUAUGACAUCAUUGACCAAUCUGGAACUGACUAGCAUUGAACAGAGUACAGAUACAACCUCGAUGGGGGCUGAGAAUAGUUUGAGGGAAUUGGUGAACGGCAAGGAGAAUGGAAAUGAUCAAGGCUUUCCUCUAGAAGUUUUGGUGUUAAGAGACUUUAAGUCAGGUGUAAGUGUAACAGAGCUGUGUGCAUGCUUUGUACGCCUUCAAGAGUUGUCAAUUUGGAGCUGCGAUGCGCUCGUCCACUGGCCAGAAUCAUUGUUCGAAGGAUUGGUAUCCUUGAGGAAGCUUCAGAUUGUGGACUGCAAUAAUCUGACUGGAUAUGCACAAGCUUCUGCUGAGCCAUCAACAUCAUCAGAAACCAGUCAGCUCCUGCCACGUCUAGAAUCUCUAACGAUACAGAGUUGUGGAAACUUGGUUGAGCUCUUCAACGUCCCUGCUUCUCUCAGAAAAAUGUACAUUUCUAAUUGCAGUAAGCUUGAGUCCAUAUCCGGCAGGAAGCAGCAGCAGGGACAGUCAGUAUCAUUGAUUCAUCAAGGGUCAACAGCCAGUAUAGAAAGAUUAUCAUUACACAAUUGUCAUGGCUUAACAGGGGUCCUCUUUUUGCCCCCGUCCCUCAAGAGACUAGACAUUUUUAAAUGUGGUGGGUUGGCAUCUCUGGAAUCCCGCUCUCCCGAGCUCCUAGCGGACAUGGAUUUUUAG